AUGAAGAAACAAACUCCUGAUCUCAGGGUGAUGACUCACAGAAAUAAAUCUGUGGAAGAAGACAGUGCUGACAAAAAUCAGAAAAGUUGCUCUGAAAAAGCUAACAGAGAAAAUGCCACUUGUAGUCGUGAAAGUACAGUUGUAAAACUGCCAGUAAUAGCAUCAUUUGCGGGUACCAGUAAAAAAAUUGUAAUGGUCAAGCACCCAGCACCACCUCAGAAGCCAAGUUACUGCAGGUCUAAUUUUCAUGUUAAUAGCUCCCCUAUCUCAUUAGAAAAGACAAAAGCUGUCAGUAAAGUAAAGGAUAGAGUGCCUAUGCUACAGAUGGAUCCCCAGAAUUUAAAAAGAGAGAAAACUGAAGAAAUAGAUACUGUGAUUAAAGAUAGUGAUGAAUUUAGCUCUACAGAUUCUAAUACAAGUAAAAACAUUUCAAGAAAGGGAAAAAUCACCAGGGAAAGCUGUAACAAGAGAAGCAGAGUGAUUUCAAAAGCAAAGCAACAAGAUUUAGAUGUUGAAUCGGGAAGAGUGCUGAGAAAAGGAAGCAAGCAGCCAAGUGUGAGGUCUGCUCGAGAACAGUUGGAAGAGGCAAGAGAUGUGACUAGACCAGACACUUCAAAAAUAUACGAGAACUUCCAGCAGAGCAAACCUGAAGAGCCUACUUCCACACCAGCAUUGCCUGUGAAAGUGGUUGCAAGGUCUAUUGAUGAAAUAAUUGCUUCCCUGCAGUCUACUUCUCCAUCUCCCUCAGACCAGACGAUCAAAGAACUCCUGGAGGGUGUUCUUGGCCAGAAUUACAACAUAAAAAUGGAAGUAGGUGAACCAGAACAAGAGCAAUAUUUUUCUCUUGGAAGACACCAGAAGACACCAGUUGUUCAGAAAGAAUCUCAAGCAGCAGAAAAUGAAUCUCGGCCUAAAGAUGAGCUGUUAACAUAUAAUAAGCAGGUGAAGCAGGCUCCAUCCUCGGAUGUGCUCCAGGUGGAAGGAAAAGCAAUAUCAAAAAUUAAACCAGAUGAAGUUCAGAAAAAGCUACAAGAGGAACACAACUUGCAACAAUCCUUGCCUCCUCAGGCUUCAAAUGUCAAAGGUCAACAUUAUCCAAGCAUUCAUCGUCUAUGUACCGCUUUUCCUAGUUUUAUAUUGCCUCCUUAUUUACAACUGGUUUCUCGAGUUUAUCAUACUUUAGACAGAAGAGGUCACAAUAUCUUAUUUACAGCAGAGGACAUGGACAAUAAGGAGGAAGAAGCAAUGUAUUCCAAAUAUAUUUAUUUGAAAGAGCAAGCUGAAAGGAAAAGAAUUUGUUAUGAAGGAGUUCCUAUUUCAGAGCAAUUCCAGAAUAAUCGGACAGAUGGGAUUCCCUUUCUUCCCCCUCAUACAUCAAAAAGUCUAACUGAAUGCCAAAAAGUAGCUGAAUAUUGUCUUAAAAAGCCACAACUGCAACUGUUAGGAGAGAAAGUUUCCAUUUAUCCAGAAGCUUUAAAAAUGUUUUGGGCUCCAGCUCCACCAAAAUUCUCUGCUCCAAUUUCUUCAUUACAGGAAAUUUUAUUUCCUACAUAUGAGAGCAAUGUGAUUGAGGAUGUUGUAUUUGAAGACUUUUUCACUGAUCAUGAAGAAGAGUUAGAAGCUGAGCAAGAUGGUCAUGAUUUCUAUGAUUAUGGACUGGUGUGUAUUACGACAAGUUUGAUUAAAAGAUCAGUCUCAGCUCUGGAGAUGACUGCUUUCAAAGAUGAAACUAUGUUAAAUAUGUCAGCUAAUUUCAAAACCAGCAUGAAAGAGUUGAAGGUUAUGAAGCAACACAUAGCUGAGCCAGAGGUUGAGACAGAGAUCGGGAAAAGCUCCCCUACCAAGCAUCUAUUGAAUCAAAUCUGUGAUGAUCCUCAGUCAAUGCAGACAGACAUACCAGUAGAAAAAACGCCUACUUUGAGUGGACAAGAGGAUACUGAGAAUGACAUUGUUCUUGUGGAGCGACCUCAAAAGGCUGGGAUUAAACACGCUGUUUUCCCAAGAAGAAAGAAAACAAAGAAAUCAAAGAAAAUAAUAAACCCUAGAAAAUUAGAAGCUGUGAUUAAGAAAUUAAGUCAACCCCCGAAGAUUCUUAAAAGGUCUGUGUCUCUGGAAAGGCUUCCUAUUAAUGAUAAAUUCAGUAUCAAGGUGUCUUCAGCAAUCAAACAAUAUCAGAGCCCCAGCAUCCCUUGUUUGUUAGAUUUUGAAAAGUUUGCAAAAGUGAGGGGUGGAAUUCCAAAAGAAACUUCUGCUCGCAUGUGGGCCAGUGGAAUAUGGAACUGCUGGUUUGAUGAAACUUUCCCUCCUAGAGGGACUGCUUCUGAGGAGAAGGAUACUGGAUUACUAAAAGGAACUGGUACGGUGGACUCUCAAGAAGCAAAUCUACAAAUAGAACUAGUUGACUCAAUACAGCCUGUUCUUCUUGAAGGUGCAACAGUUAGUAUCGAAGAUUUAGAAAAAGAAAUAAGACAACUGACUGAGCUAAUAGAAAAGGAAGAGCAUCCUUCAGCUUUUCACUACUGCAGGCGUGGAGCAAUACAAAGAAAGUUAGGCAAGUUAAAGUCAGCUAUGGAUGACUUGGAAAAAGCUAUAAGCUUAGAACCACUACUGCUUAAUGCUUACUGGCAUAGACAUUUGAUUUACCUCUUUCAAGACAGAAUUUCUGCUGCUUUGGAUGACCUGAAAUUUAUAACUAAAUGGAGCAAAAAUAAAGCAGAUACAUACCUGUCAAUGGCUGAAAUUUACAGGAAACAAGGUGAUAAUACAUUGGCAAUCAUCAAUUAUAGCUCUGCGAUACAGUGCAACCCUACAGAUGAUGACAUUUAUUUUAGGAGAGCUGAGUUGCAUUUUGAGGAAAAUCAAUUGUUAUUGGCCAUGGAUGAUUAUGCCAAAUGUUUUCAGUAUAACCCGAAAAGAACAGAUGCACUUAUGAAACAUGGAAUACAUUUCUUUGAUUGUUCAGUUUUGACAGCAGCUAUUCAGGAUUUUACAGCUGUGAUCAAGGAAGACCCCAGCAAUGCUCAGGCGAGGCUGUAUCGAGGAAGAGCAUAUGCUAAGCAGCAGCAGUAUAGAAAUGCAAUACAAGACUUGGCAGCAGCGGUUCACCUAGACCCUUCUUGUUGGUUAGCAUUCUACUAUAGAGGUUGCAUACUACGACAGAUUGAUCCAAAAAGAGCUGUGCAGGACUUCAGUGUUUCUGUACUCAUCAAUGACACUCAGGAAAACUUCUGUUCUUUUCUUCAUCGUGGGAUUGUUUACUCAGAACAGUGUCAAUGGUCAUUUGCAAUCUGUGACUUUCAAAGUGUCCUAGCUUUGGACAGCUCUGUCAUCUUUGCUUACCUAAAUAUUGGUUUGAUACUGCUGUUGCAUCUCGAUCAAUACUAUGAAGCUAUUCGACAAUUUACUAAUGCCAUUGAAAUUGAUCCUCUCAAUGUUCAAGCCUAUGUAUGCAGAGCGCAAGCAUAUCAUAAGAUUCAUAAUUUACCAAAUGCUGUGAAGGAUAUAAACAGAGCCAUUCAUCUUUAUCCAAAUAAACCACAACUCUGCAUAUUAAGGGGACAGUAUUUAAUGGAGUUGAAGAAAUAUGAGCUGGCAAGUUUAUGUAUUCACCAACUUGCAGAAAUGGAUGAAGAAUCCUUUAUGGCUCAGCCUGUUCAGCAAGCGCUCAUUCAGUCAUUUUGUCAAAAUCACAAUAAGGCCAUAGAGUGCUUACGUGAAGCUACUGCAACUCAACCUGAGCCUUCAAUGUUUGUUAUUUUAGGAAAAAUACAAAUGAAAGCCAAGAAAACUAAGGAUGCUCUGAGAAGUUUUAAAAAAGCUAUGAAGCUCCUUAUGACCUCCACAAAAAUCCUGCCUAAUACAUUUGAGGCUGCAGAAAUGUAUUAUCUCACAGGCCUGUGUUACAUGGAGCAAAAAAGUUUAUUACGGGCCCGUGAUGCUUUUAGUAUGGCUAUCAGACUACAUUCAAGUUACCCUGAUGCUUUUUAUCAGCGAGGGCUGUGUAGAAUGCAGCUCAGACAAGCUAAGUGCAUCCGAGAUUUCAAUCGAGCACUUGCCCUUUGUCCAUCACAUUUCCAGGCAUAUAUGAGUCGUGCUGCUUACUACGGAAGUAAAGGUAGAUACUCUAAGGCAAUUCUGAAUUGCAAUGAGGCAAUCAAAAUUCUUCCUAACAGUGUGCGAGCUUAUUUUUACCGAGGUACUUUAAAGUAUCAAAAUAAGACAUUUAGAGCUGCAAUUGAAGAUCUUUCAAAAAGUAUUGACCUCAACAAAACCUGCAUUUUGGCAUAUUAUAACAGAGCCAUCUGUUAUCAUCAAAUAAAGGACUUCAGAAAGGCUUUGAAAGAUUAUGGAAUUCUUCUUCUGCUUGAAUUGAGUAAGGAAAUAGAUUUUAAAGUGUUAAUUAAUCGUGGACUACUCUACAUGGAACUUGGUGAUUAUGCUAAUGCAUGUGAGGACUUUAAAGAAGCAACGUUGCUUAGUCCAGAUGAUAGCCAGAUCUUUCAGGCUAUUGGAAUCUGCUAUCAUAGACUUCAUGAGUUUGAAGAAGCUGUAAGAUCAUUUGACCAGGUUCUCAAACUAGAUCCUGUUUCUGUGGAUGCCUACGUUGGACGAGGAAAUUCGUACAUGGAAAAUGGACAUGAGGCUGGUUGUAAACAAGCACAGAAAGAUUUCUUGAGAGCAAUUCACCUGAAUCCAAAGUGUAUAAAAGCCAGAAUUUGCUUAGGAUACAACUUGCAGGCCCUUGGAAAGCUUCAGAGAGCAUGGAGCCAACUUACAGUUGCCAUUUGCAUUGAUCCAAAAUGCCAUGCUGCAUAUGAUGGACGAGCUUCAGUCUGUCUUCAGAUGGGUGAAACUUUUGCUGCUUUUCAAGAUACAAAUGCUGCACUAAAGCUCACUACCACUGCUCCGCUGCUAACAAAUCGGGGUGUCAUCAAUCAGUUAAUGGGAUAUCUACCCUGUGCCAUGAAAGACUAUCAACAAGCAAUUUCUGUCGACCCAAAUUAUGCAUUAGCCUAUUUCAAUGCAGCAAAUAUCUACUUCCACAAUCGACAGUUUUCACAGGCCUAUUGCUAUUAUUCCAAGGUAUUACAACUUGACCCAAGAAAUGAAUCUGCUGUUAUGAAUCGUGCUAUCACAAAUACAUUACUAAACAAUAUCGAAGAAGCAAAAGAAGACUUUGAGAAGGCAAUUUGUCUCUGCCCAUUCUCUGCAGCAGUGUAUUUUAACAGGGCAAAUUUCUAUAAUGGAUUGAAGCAAUAUGAACUAGCUGAGAAAGACAUUUCAACAGGUAAUCUUUAUCUACCUGUCAUGACUAUGUUUGGUAGCAUACUAACAAUUAUGAUAACAAUUAUGACGACGCUCUUACAAAGUGUAACUUCAAGACCACCAGAAGAUGGCAGUCUGCAAUCUGGAGUGGAACAGCUCUACUCCCCGGUAGCAAACCGGCAACACCAGCAGCCUCUGGCUCUGGUAACUGUUCUGAGGACGUAUGACGGAAGCCAGCUUGGGAGGGGGAAGCACUGCAGCAAACAUCCGGGCUGCGAUGCCAGCCGGUGCCUGUACUGGGGAGGCAGGGGGCAGUGGGAAGAGGAGGGGGUCGGCAGAGGAGCUGUCGGCACUGAUCUGCAGCGUGGCUGCCGUGAAGAGGAAGGCCCCCAAGUCAAGGGAGGAUGGUGA